UCCUCCAGGGAUCGGGAUCCUCGGUGGCAUCUUUUUUCCUCUCCAGAUAUUUCCUUUCCUUUUUUCGAUUCUCUAUUCCUUGCCUUCAGCCCCUCGCGGCCUCCUCACUCCGAAUAAUCUCGAUGGCGGUCGAAUUCGUGGAGGGUUGUGGCCUGAGAGUGUUGCGUGCCGUGCGGGAUCCGUCGCUGUUUUCUUAGAAAGAUCGUAUUUGAGCUGCGGAGUUGUGCUUUCAGAGGUCCUUUCCAUCAGAUUUCGUCUCGAUUUCGGCACUAAGGUUCGAUCUUUUUUCAGGGACUCGCCGUAUUUGCUGUAAGCGGAGGUUUGGAUCCCCCUCUCUUGGGGUUAAGUCUGAAGGAUUUUCUCCAGAUUUCGUUGCGAUUUCGGCGAAAUCUGGGGUUCGCUGUAAGGGUGUCCAACCUCUGUUUUUGCCGUUGUUCUGCAACUGUUGGUGAAAGGAGGUUUGGAUUCCCCCCUCUCUUUUCGCUUUAGUGUGAAGACGGAAGGACUUUCGUCUGGUUUUGCUUCGACCUCGAUUGAAAAAAAAGGGGUUUUCUACCUGGGAUUCACUGCGAGAGUGUUCGACCUUUGGUGUGAUUUUUCCAGCUCGGAUGCACUGUGCUACCGGUGAUUGAAGGUUUGGAUUCUUUUGUUUCGCUUUAGUUUGAAACCUGCAAGGAAGAUCGUUUUCUUUCUCCUCGGUUUCGGUUCAUGUGGUUGGCAUCUUCUGAACUUGGUCCGAUUUGGAAGAAACCCCUUUUCUCAGUCAGGACGAUCGAAAUCUGAGAUUUUCGAAGGAUCUAUUAGGGAUUAGCAGUUGUGUAUGGGAGUUGGGGAAUAUUUCUUUGAGUUUCGUUGGUUUUUGGGGUUUGCUGAUACGGUUUUGUGGUAAGUCAGUGAAGUUGAAAGCAAUGAAAGGGGGAAAAGAGAAGGAUAGGAUGAUGGGACCUCUGUUUCCAAGGCUUCAUGUGAACGAUACAGAUAAAGGAGGUCCCAGAGCACCUCCGAGGAACAAAAUGGCCCUUUACGAGCAGCUUAGUAUACCUUCACAAAGGUUCAAUUCAACGGCUUCUUCGGUGCCUCUUCCUCCUCCCAACACCAGCACCUUGGUUCCUUCGGCAUCAUCCAGCCAGGGGUGUGGGCAUGACAGGAGUGUUCACUCUCCAUUUUAUGUGCCUGCUCAUGCACCAGCUUAUUCAUCUGAGAGAGUCCACUCCCGUUCCUUUGAUGGAGUGAAUCCCAGUGCCACAAGGAUGGAAUUUGCACGAAGAUCCAUGAAGCAUAUGGGUAAUAGAUCUUUGAAUGCUGCAGGAUCAGUUGCUGAACGUAGUUCACUACGUCAACAUGACUCUGAUGCAAAGGAUUCUUGUGAGAAGAAGUUGGAUGAUGAGGAUGAUUUUAGGGUUCCGACCUUUGUUCAGUCAGAAAUUGGUGCAUGCUCAGAUAGAGAUGCCCCUUUAAUGGGGCCAGAAAAAUUAACUCCUGUUUCCAAAAGUCCGCAUAAAAAUACCUCUAUGACAUACAUCUCUUCAGUUCAAUGCCAAAAUGCUAAUGACAAGCCCUCUGAACUAACCAAUACUUCUGAUAAGUCAAUAGAUUUUGAUAGAAACCAUGGUGAAAAGAAACGUAAACAAACUUUACCGAUCGAUGAUCUCAAAGAAAGGUCUGUACCUCAUCAGGAAUUGGGAGAAAAUUUUGGAGAACCAUCAAAUGUUGCCAAAGUGCCUUUAGAUAGAGAUCACACGAGUACCAUAAAUGUUUUUGAGAAAUCACGCUAUGGAAGUACAGGAUUUUCUCAAGACUCUUGUGGUAAUGGAGUUUUAGGUGGACCGAAGAACGUGAAUGACAUCAAUUCAAUAGCAAAUAAGGAUGCUUCAAGGGCAAGAAAUGAAUCAACAUCUAAACCAUCACAUGUGAAUGGUCAUAGCACCUCAAGUAUGGCUGAUGAAGAAUGGUGUGAUAAGGAAAAUGGCACAUUGGAAAUGAAAGAUGGGGAGAGAAAAGAUGAAGUAUCUGAGGCUUCAAUGGUGGACUCGAUUUCGGGCUUGGAGAUAUCUCCAGAUGAUGUCGUUAGUGUAAUCGGUCCAAAACACUUCUGGAAAGCAAGAAGAGCUAUUGUCAAUCAACAGAGAGUUUUUGCACUACAAGUUUUUGAGCUGCAUAGAUUGAUAAAGGUUCAACAGUUGAUUGCAGCAUCACCAAAUCUACUUCUUGAAGGCAAUCCUUAUUUAAACGAAUCUUCAGCAAAAGUACCAAGUAAGAGUCUGUCACCUGAAGAAAACACAAAAUCUCAGCCGCAGACUGUUAAAGACAAAGAUGGUUCCCAGAAGGCAAACCAGAAUGCAGACCGUCCACCAGAGAACACUGCAGGAGCUCCACCUCUUCCUUCUCAUGAAGAUGGAGUUAACCGAGGCCCUCAUGAUCAGGUUCCAAGAAAUGGACCGUACUCUGGGACCCCCCUACCUGUGUCCAGGGCUUCUGAGAAUAAUCCAAGUGCCUGGUGCUUCCAUUUGCCUGCAAAUCAAUGGCUGGUCCCAGUUAUGUCGCCUUCAGAAGGACUUGUUUAUAAGCCCUAUACUGGACCUUGCCCUCCAACUGGUGGUUUCAUGGCCCCUGUUUACGGAAGCUGCACACCUUUGAGUCUACCACCAGUAGCUGGAGAUUUCAUGAACCCAGCUUAUGGCGUUCCAGCAUCUCAUCAGCCGCAAAAUAUGGGUGUUCUCUCCAGAGCUCCUGCUGUUGCUCCAAACUACUUUCCCGCUCCUUGUGGCCUUCCAGUUGAGAACCCAAUUGUCACAUCCUCAGCAGUUGAACAAAUAAGCCCAUUGCCUGGCUCAGGACCUCAUGGACAAAUUGACCAGCACUCACGGAGUUCGUGUAACAUGUCACAUCCGAAGAGUGAAGCAUUUUCAUGCUGUUUUUGGAAGUUUCAGUCAUCCAAAGACACUGAGUUACAAGGAAGUACAGCAAGCAGUCCUUGUGACAAAGUACGCGAAGAAAGAGAUGCAUUGCCUCUCUUUCCCAUGGCCCUGGCUACAGAUGGUCCAAACCGACCUUCGCAGUCUAGUGGCAGGGAAAAUCACACUCGUGUGAUUAAGGUUGUGCCUCACAAUGCCAGAUCAGCAACAGAGUCAGCGGCACGGAUUUUCAGGUCUAUACAGGAAGGGAGAACAGCAUGAUUUAUAAUUCAUAUACAUGUAUCUCCAGAGGUGUGCUUCCCCAACUUCUUGUGGAUCUACCUGUGGGCUCAACUGCAGUCACGUUGGUGUCUGAUUGUGUUCCCUUGCUAUAGUUCAGCCUUUUGGUAUACCAUAAAUACGUUACGGGUGUCUGAUCUAUUUUGUUCACAUGUAAAUGUGAUCCUCUGAUAUCUAGAAAAAUCAACAUUUUGUAGUUUUUCUUUUCUACAUUUUGUGCUGAGCAGAAUUCUCAACGUUAUCAUUUAGAGAAUCAAUUUUAAAUGUAACCUUUGUUUUA